ACUCAUUGCUUGAAGGCAAGCCAAGCCCUUGAUGAAUAUUUUGCCUUAAUCUUCCCAUUCCCAGGCAACCAAGCCCAGCUCUCCAAACACAUAUAAGGAGAAAUAUCCCACUCCCACAUCACAGGGGGCUCUCGGUCUCCUCCAGUCUCCGCUCGUCUCUCCCUGCUUUGCAACUUUUGCCAUCCUACCUUUUGCCAUCCUCCCAAGGAGCCACAAUGAACCGGCAAUUCAGUUCCAGAUCGUUCUCAACAGGUGGAAGAAGGGGCUAUUCUGUUUCUGGCAGUGGCUUUCGAAUGGGCAGCGGCUCAACUUCCGUUGUUCCUGUUGGAGGAGUGGGAGCCUUCAGCGGUGGCUUUGGCAGCAGAAGUCUCUACAACCUUAAUGGAAGCAGGCGGAUAUCCACGGGCCUAGUUUCUGGUGGUGGUGGUCACUUUGGAGGAGGCUUUGGCGCACGAAGUGUUGGGGGCGGUCUAGGAUUCAGCAGUUUUAGCAGCGGUUAUGGAGGUUAUGGUGGUGGGGUAGGCUUUGGUGGUGGUCUUGGCAUGGGCAGUCAUGUUGGAGGCUUUGGUGGUGGUGGUGGUGGAUAUGCCCUUGCAGGCCCUGCUCCCUGUCCAGCUCCGGGACGAAUCCACAAUGUCAUUGUAAACAAGAGCCUAUUGGCUCCUCUGCACAUGGAGGUUGAUCCUGACAUCCAGAGGGUCCGGGUGCAAGAGAGGGAACAGAUCAAGACCCUCAACAACAAAUUUGCCUCUUUCAUCGAUAAGGUGCGAUUCCUUGAGCAACAGAACAAAGUGCUGGAGACCAAAUGGGACUUGCUCUACCAGCAGGGCAGCCCAGCUCUGAGGGACAAUCUUGAGCCGCUUUAUGAGGCUUACAUUGACACUCUCCGAAGGCAGCUUGACCACCUAGUCAACGAUAAAAACCACCUGGACAUCGAACUGAAGAACACACAGGAGCUUGUAGAAGAUUUCAAGAACAAAUAUGAAGAUGAAAUUAAUAAACGUACAGCUUGUGAAAAUGACUUUGUGGUGCUCAAAAAGGAUGUGGAUGGCUCCUACAUGCACAAGAUAGAUCUGGGAUCCAAGGCUGACUCCUUGACUCAGCACAUCCAGUUCUUAAGAGCGCUCUUCGAUGCGGAACUGACUCAAGUACAGGCACAGGUUAAAGACACCAAUGUCGUCCUACAAAUGGACAACAACAGAGAUCUGGACCUGAACAGCAUCAUUGCUGAAGUGAGAGCUCAGUAUGAAGAUAUUGCCAACAGGAGCAGAGCUGAGGCAGAGGCUUGGUACCAAAAUAAGUUCCAGGAACUCCAAACUACAGCUUUCAAACACGGCGAUGACUUGAAAUCCACCAAAGAUGAGAUCGCAGAGAUGAGCCGGCUUGUCCAAAGACUUCGCUCUGAAAUUGAAAUUGUGCAGAAAGCUAUUAAUGGCCUGCAAUCUUCCAUAGCAGAAUGUGAGCAGCGUGGGGAAAUGGCCCUCAAAGAUGCCAGGACAAAACUGGUCGACUUGCAGACUGCCCUGCACACAGCAAAGGACGAGCUGGCUCGUCUGCUGCGGGACUACCAGGAACUGAUGAAUGUGAAACUGUCCCUGGAUGUUGAAAUUGCUACAUACAAGACACUGCUGGAGGGAGAGGAGAUCAGGAUGUCUGGAGAAUUCUCAACCCCUGUUAACGUAUCUGUGGUCAGCAGUUCUAGCACCAUCAGUGGUGGCGGUGGAGGAGGAGGAUAUGGCCUUGGAGGCGGAAGCGGAUACGGCCUUGGAGGAGGAAGUGGAUAUGGUGUCGGAGGUGCAGCAGGAAGCGGAUAUGGCAUCGGAGGAGGAAGUGGGAUGAGCCUUGGUGGUGGAGGCGGCGGGAGCUGUGGACAUGGCCAUGUCAGUGUUGGAGGAGGAAGAGUCAGCAGAAUUAGUACCGGAGGCAGUUUAAGCGGUUCCGGAAGCCUCACCGGUGGAGGAUAUGGCUAUGGAGGAGGCAGUUCAAGUGUGAAGAUCGUACAUUCCUCUUCAAGCAAGAGAAUAAGCAGCUAAGGUGUCCUUGCUCGCACCCUCCAAAAGUACGCACCAUUCCUUGCUUCAAGAAAACAAAGAUUCUCCCCCAAUUAUGUACAUCCCCCUCAAA